AUGACUCCUCGUGCUUUUCUUUUUGGAGCAAUUACGAUUUUCACAUUGUCCUAUGCCAAUGGUUACUUUGUGUUCCGCUCAGUAGACUUAGAUCCGAUUCCAGAUUUAAUCGAUGCGAACCAAGUCCAGCCUUUUCCACAGCCGCAACCCGAGACAAAAUCACAGAAAUCCGCCGUCAAGUAUAAACCUUCGCUCUAUAUUGACAGUGGAUGUCAUCCGUACCCAGCAGUACAAGCAAAUGGGUCGCUCAGUAGCGGAGUAGAGUGGAAACAUAAUCCUCGAGCGUCUUGCCGAGGGUCUCCUUUGGGCUCGCAAGUGUAUUCGCGUUCCGACUGGUACAAAGGCAAGUGGGCCAUUAUGUACACUUGGUACUUCCCGGGAGCUCUUGAUCCGACGACCCAAUUUGUGAGUCAUUGGUUAUGGGCCAUUAUUUGGACCAACAGUCCGGAUCCGGACGAGUCAACUCUUCUCGCUGUGACACUACCACGACUUGCGGACGGCGUCAAGAAAUACUCACCACUUCAUUCAAAAUAUGUGCAUAAUCAUACCACUGUCAAGAUCAAGUCGCAACAGAGUUUUUGGCUCAAAAUGCAUGGAUUUGAACUCACGAGCCGCUCUGGAGAGUUUCAGGAUCUUAUCACGUUAGACCAACUGACGGACGAAGCAAAAGCCGCGCUAAUGACAAAUCAUCGUCCUGAACACUUUGCUAACCCACCGUUGCAGGAUUUAAGGUUCAAUGAGGUGUUACAAAUGGCGUUCCCGUUUUAA